AUGAAACAUCUUCUCUAUAUUAUAUUCUUCUUUAAAACUUUCAAUUUUAUUAAUACAUGUAUUUCAACUAAUAGUGGAAAUAAUGUAAAUCCUACAACAACUACAAGUUCACCAAACAUUGACGGUCCAACAAGUACAGUUGUUAUUUCAUCAACUGCUACAUCAACAACAACUCCCGCAAGUUGUUCUUCAUGUACUCCAAAUCAAAUAACUUUUACACCAUCAACUUCAGCAACUACAGAAGAUGCUACAUACUCGAAUUAUGAACUUGAUGGACAAGGUUGUUAUAUAAUCACAGCUAUUUGUGAUGCUUCAGAUAACCCAACAGCUUCUUCUUUCAUGCAGUUUAAUAUUGACCAAGGUGGACCGCUUCUUAAUGGACAAAAUGUAAUAACAGCAGUUUUAAAUUGUAGAAAUAGCCAAUGGGUAUAUUCACAACCACCAGAAGAUGAUCGUAUAAUCACGGAAGUAAAUUGUCUUCGAACGGGAUGA